UACCAACGUAGUUUUAUUUAAAAUUAUAGAACUUCAAGAUAUACGUUUUUUGCUUUUGUGUAACUGUUUACCUAAAGAGGAACUUUCCUCUCAAGCGGGGUCACCGUGUUAUGGUUCCCCCGCGUGUACAAGCGUGAUAAACCGUAUUUUUCUUUUCAUGGUUGGUGAAAUCAUUUUUGCAGCAUGCAUUCAACACACGAGCUGGAGCUUUUCCCCGACCACAGAGUGACUCAGAUGCUUUUUAAGGAGGUGAAAAACGCCGCAGAGUUAAGACAAUGUGCGGUGGAGGGGAAAAUUAAUGCAGCUUUGAUAAACCCGACCAUGCUGGUGGAUCCUUUUCAAGUGCUGGUAGCUGCCAACAAAGCUGUUCACUUACAGACAACUGGGAAAAUGAAGACAAGAAGUUUAUACUCAGAAAUAAUCUUCAACCUGUCACCUACUAAUAAUAUCUCAGAGGCGUUCAAAAGAUUUGGUAUAUCUGAUGGUGAUGACUCCGUCCUGGUGGUCCUGGUUCACAGCGAAGAUGAGCCACAGCUUCUGUCAGACAUCACAGCCAGAGUGAGCGGACGGAAGGUUCCAGCAGGAGAUCUCUCCUCACUGACGGACGCUGCUAAAGUCAAAAAGCUGUAUAAAGUCACCCCCCAGGAGGAGAAGUGUGGGACUCUGCUGCAGGCGGUUGUAUGCAGGAUGGCCACCAAAGACGUCAUGUAGCUACGAGGGAAAAAAGACUUUAAAAAAGAAAAAAAACUCAUAUGAGUUUUGGAUUCAUGUUUAUACUGUUUUUGUUGCUAUUCCAAGACCCCAAGACAUGCAAAUAUUGUCUUUUGUUCAUCUCACGCAAAUCACAAUAACUACAGAAAAACUUUUUUCUCGAACUGAAAAUAUACAAUAUUUUUCUUAUUUUUUUCUUUACUUGUGUUUUCUUCCUGCUUAUUUUUUAUAGAGUUGUGGGGAGAAAAAAAAGUGGAAAAAAGUUUUAGAGGUAGUUCGGGAAGUCACACCACUUCGGUCAGCAUCACUUGAGUCCCCACAGCAACUUUCAUUCAAACCUUUUUGGUGACGGCUAUUUU